AUGCAGUUGAUGUACCAGCUCAAGGUCCAAGAUUUGCAAGUCCACUCCUGGGUCCACAAAGGCCACAUAAUCGUAGGUAUGGUCGACAAGAGUGAUAAACUUGAGGCGGGCCUUGGAGGGGACUGGAGACCGUCGGCUCGCCACUGCCCCUUACUCAAUGGCAAGCCUGACCUUUUGUUGGACAUGCCCCACCUCCCUGCAGCAGAAACAACCACAUUGACAACAACUAGCACAGCAACAAGCACAAUUUCAGAGACAACCACUGUGACAACUGAAGCAUCCACUACAUCACCAACAGCAGAAUCUGCAACCACAAUGUUGUACACUACACAACCUACAACACAACCAACAACAGCAGAAACCACUGGAGAGACAACUAUUGUUACCCCAACAAGCACAAUUCCAUGGACAACCACUGCAACAACAGAAACAACCACAUGGACAACAACUAGCACACCAACAAGCACAAUUUCAGAGACAACCACUGUGACAACUGAAGCAUCCACUACAUCACCAACAGCAGAAUCUGCAACCACAAUGUUCACCCAAACAAGUACAAUUCAAGAGACAACCACUGUGUCAACUGGUGCAUCCGCCCCAACACCAACAACAGAAUCUGCC